AUGCGAUUCACCUCUAUCUGUGAUUUGGUGGCAAACGGGGUGACCAAGCGUGUUGUGCGGUUCUCUUUAGCCUUUUGUGCUGCUUUUGUUUUCAACCUGCACCUUCCCUUCACCACCAUCUUCAGCGCCUCAAGCACACAAGGGUCUCCUUUCCUUGGUAACUCUUAUGCAAUUGGGGUUGCUUUUAAUGUGCUCAUGUCACUUAUUGCUUGGAUCAUGGUAGUGCUCUUUGUAGCUUUGGUGGCUUGUCUGCCACCAUUUUCUGUCUCGAGCAUUGGUUACUGGUUCCUCUCCGAUGGGUGUGGGCUUGCGUUGAUUGUGCUACUAUUUGAUCUUCGUCGCCGCCUACCACACAUCCACCGGAAAGAAUCGGCUUCCGCUUCUUCUCACUUGGACUCACCGACCCAGCACGCCAACUCGCCCAAUAGCUCGCCGGCGUUGCAGAGGUCGCUCACUUUUGUAGCUGCCAGCAGGAUGAAGAAGGCAUUGGGUCUCAAAUCACCGGGUUCGGGCUCCAAGAAGAGUCUUGGGUCCGGUGGGUCUGGGUUGGGACCUAGAAAGCCCAAGCGGGUUAUGACGGUGGGUGAGCUGAUGAGGAUCCAAAUGGGGAUUUCUGAUGCUAUGGACUCUAGAGUCAGGAGAGCUCUGCUUGGGAUUUCUGCUGCUCAGUUUUAUGAUGGUGAAACAGUUUACAUUUUAGGAUUACUUGAAAAAUCCAGAAUGCGUUAUGUCAAAGCAAGCUUUAAACUAUACUUCGUAGAGAAAUGUUCUCUUGCCAGACAAUCUGGCAGCGAAAAUCACUUGUUGGAAUGGCAGAGGUUGAAGCAGCCAUACAAGAAAUGUUCCAGGCACCUCAUAUUCAAGUGA